CGUUGCAUUCCUCCUUGGAUUCCCUUUUCUCUUCUCUCUUCCUCCACACCACACACACCCUCUUCAUCACUCUGUCUCUUCCUCACCUUUGUAAUUCCAUCGUUAACCUCACCUUUGUAAUUCAAAUCGGAGAAACAAACAUUCCCUCCCUCAUUCUCUCAUGGAACAUUCUCCAAAUUAGACCAUCAUGUCAUUUUCCGGCGGGAUUUCUCAUUGUUUAUUAAUCACAGCCUUUUUUGCUUCAUUCUUCUUUUACUCCCCCAAUGUGGCGACGGCGGCGACUGACUUCGACUUCGGAACGCUGACGCUGUCCAGCAUGAAGCUCCUCGGCGACGCCCACUUCAGCAACGGGAGCGUGAGGCUCACUCGCGACGUCACCGUCCCCUACUCUGGCGCCGGCAGGGUCCUGUACUCGAAGCCCGUCAGUUUCCGCCGCCCCGGGAUUAAUUCCACGGCGAGCUUCUCCACAUUCUUCUCCUUCUCCGUCACCAACCUGAACCCCUCCUCCAUCGGCGGCGGCCUGGCCUUCGUCCUCUCGCCGAGCGACGAGUUCGUCGGCGACGCCGGCGGGUUUCUGGGGCUGAUGGAGGCGGAGGGCGCCCCGAAGGGCGUGGUGGCGGUUGAGUUCGACACGAUGAUGGACGUCGAGUUCAAAGACAUCAAUGGGAAUCAUGUGGGUUUGGAUCUGAAUUCCAUGGUUUCCACCCGAGUUAGGGAUUUGGGGAUUGUCGGAGUGGAAUUGAAAAGCGGCGACCUGGUCAACUCGUGGGUCGAUUACUCCGGCCCAACUCGGAGCCUCAAGGUCUACGUGUCGUAUUCCAAUUUGAAGCCCAAGGAGCCCGUUUUGUCCGCCGCCCUCGAUCUCGGUGAGUAUAUCUCCGACGAUUUCAUGUUUGUCGGCUUCUCCGGGUCCACUCAGGGGAGCACCGAAGUCCACAGCAUUGACUGGUGGAGCUUCACCUCCUCGUUUGAAGAAACCAGCUCCCCGCCGCCGCCGCCGACUUCGAGUUUAAUGAACCCGGCGGCGGAGACAGUCAAUCCCCCACCGCCUUCCUCUGCCGCUCCUCCGCCUGAGGCGGAGAAAACGACUUCAGGAGGUAAAUGCCACAACCAGCUGUGCAGAAGUGGGCCCGGGGCGGUGGUGGGGGUAGUGACCGCUGGCGCAUUCGCACUAGGAUUCUGCGCUCUGGCGCUGAUUUGGCUUCACAACAACAAAUUCAAAAGGCGGAAAAAGCCCGACAUUGUGGCCUCGGAUGUGAUCAAGACGCCCAAGGAAUUCGGGUACAAGGAGCUGAGCGUCGCCACGAAGGGUUUCGAUUCGAAUCGAGUGAUCGGGCACGGCGCGUUCGGUACCGUGUACAAGGGAGUCCUCCCGAGCACCGGAGACGUAGUGGCGGUGAAGAGGUGCACCCACGCGGGGCAGGGGAAAACAGAGUUUCUAUCCGAGCUUUCGAUAAUCGGAAGCUUAAGGCAUAGGAAUCUGGUGAAACUUCAGGGAUGGUGCCACGACAAGGGCGAGAGCCUACUCGUUUACGACCUCAUGUCGAACGGCAGCCUCGAUAAGGCGCUGUUCGAGUCAAGGAUGACGCUUCCGUGGCCGCACCGCCGCAAAAUUCUCCUCGGCGUGGCCUCAGCUCUUUCCUACCUGCAUCAGGAAUGCGAGAGCCAGGUGAUCCAUAGAGACAUCAAGAGCAGCAACAUUAUGUUAGACGAGGGUUUCAACGCGAGAUUAGGCGAUUUCGGAUUGGCAAGGCAGAUCGAGCACGACAAGUCCCCCGAUGCCACGGUGGCGGCAGGGACAAUGGGCUACCUGGCUCCGGAGUAUCUCCUGACGGGGCGCGCCACGGAUAAGACGGACGUGUUUAGCUACGGGGCGGUGGUGCUGGAGGUGGCGUGCGGGAGGCGGCCGAUCGAGAAGGAUGUGACGAGUAGGAAUCUGGUGGAAUGGGUGUGGGGAUUGCACAGGGAUGGGAAUUUGAUGAUGGCGGCGGAUAGGAGGCUCGGGAAUGAGUUUGAUGAGUCGGAGAUGAGGAAGGUGAUGAUGAUCGGGCUGGCGUGCUCGCAUCCGGACCCGAUGGCAAGGCCGGUGAUGAGGGCGGUGGUGCAGAUGCUGGUGGGGGAGGCAGAGAUUCCGGUAGUGCCUACGACUAGGCCUACGUUGAGCUUCAGCACUUCGGACCUCCUCUUGACGCUGCAAGAUAGCGUUUCCGAUAUGAUCGCGCUGUCGACGUCCUCCUCUGAAAUCAGCUUCUCCGGCAACGGUGCUCUUGACAUGGUCUAGUGUAGUGUAGUCAUGUUCUUUUAUUGCUUUUGAUUUCCAUAAUUUAUUCAUUCAUUUAUUACAGUGUAUGUAAGUUUAAUACUCUCAGCCACCAAGCUUAAUUGUUACCUCGUCCGUUUUAGUUUUGGUAA